ACAACCUAAAUAAUUCUAGAAAAGGAUUCUUUUCCAGAGUCAAGAACAGAGCCAGGUGGUUCUUCUCUUCUAAAGACAUUUCCAUGGGCCAGUUCCACCGCAAGCUUCCCAGAGAGCAUAUGUUCUGCCGUACGGACACCGAACUUCCCCUAAGAUGGCCGCCCCCACCGUGCUCUCGCCUAACGGCUCUGGCUCGGUUACCUGCAACGCACCGUUCGCUUAUUUUUUGUUCUAGUCCCGCUUGCUUCAGUUUUUAUACAGCUUCUAAAACGCUUCGCAUUUACAAUAGUGAUUGAGGUGCCCAGAGGUGACUUUAAUUUUCCAUUGAGCUGAGACGUCACAGCCAUCAUGACCGCUAAGAAGGGAUGCCGCGGCUUUGUGGUAAUAAUGGGUUCUGGCCUUUGAGAAGUUUGCGCCGUUCACUAUCCCCUGCAAGGAGAAGACCAACUUAUUUCUGUUCCCUGUCUGUUCAGAGGACUUUACCCCCACACUGUGUCUGUCUGUGGGAACUCAAGCCUCUGAUAAGCUCUCCAUUUUCUGCCAGGGCUGAGGUGUCUGGAAAUCCGACAGUUUAAGAGGCCCCUGUCCACUGCGUCUCGCGGCCGCUGUGCCUUCUGUACGUCACGUACUCAAAGAUGGCCGCCCCCGGAGCGGCGAGGUGACGCCGGCGCGGACGCGUCUCCUCCUGAGGAAAAGCCGGAAGGCCGCAUUCCGCUCUCCAUGGAAACGCGGCUGACCCUCUCUGAAGGUUUAGAGGGGGAGGGAGUUGGGCGAGGGGCCCAGAAGUGGAAGAAGUUUAGGGAAGUAAGUUCAGCUUUUAAGAGGUCGCGGCCAUUCCAAGGAGAGUCAGUCCACAGGUCCUGGCUACCCUGGGAAGAGACAAGAAGUGAAUGAAGAAAGAGGAAGAUUCCAGGACCUAGAUACGAUUUCUGUGGACGCCCCUCACUGGUGAUGGGUUUCUAACUAGAAAUUUAAGGCAGAUCCAGAGCAGACAAAGACAGAGUGACAGAGUAUCCCAGGUGCUGGCCAUUUCCCACAGCAGAAGAAAAUGAUCAAUGCCCAGGAGUUGCUGACACUGGAGGAUGUUACUGUGGAGUUCACCUGGGAGGAGUGGCAGCUCCUGGACCCUUUUCAGAAGGAUUUGUACCGGGAUGUGAUGUUGGAGAUCUACAGCAACCUGGUAUCAAUGGGUGAGGACAGCUGCUCUCCCAAUCCAGUGUGUCUGUCUUCUAUCAUUUCCCAUAAACAGUAUCAAGUCAGCAAACCAGAUGCACUCUCCAAGUUGGAACGAGGAGAAGAACCAUGGACAGUGGAAGAUGAAAGGCACAGUCAAAUCUGUCCAGAAAACAACAAAGUUGAUGAUCAUCUGCAGGAUCACUUGAAAAAUCAAAGGAUGCUGAAGAGUGUGGAACAAUACCAUGAACAUAAUGCAUUUGGAAAUACUGCCUCUCAAACCAAAAGCCUUUGUCUUUUCAGGGAAAAUCAUGAUACAUUUGAGUUAUAUAUAAAAACUUUGAAAUCAAAUUUAAGUUUAGUCAGCCAGAACAAAAGCUGUGAAAUUAAGAACUCUACUAAAUUUAAUGGAGAUGGGAAAUCAUUUCUUCAUGGUAACUAUGAAGAACUUUAUUCUGCAGCUAAAUUCUCUGUAAGUACAAAAUCCAAUAGCACUAAAUCCCAAGUCAGUAAGCAUCAGAGAACUCAUGAAAUAGAAAAAAACCACAUAUGCAGUGAAUGUGGGAAAGCAUUUGUCAAGAAGUCUCAGCUCACUGAUCAUGAGAGAGUUCAUACAGGAGAAAAACCUUAUGGAUGUACUUUGUGUGCAAAAGUGUUCUCCAGAAAGUCCAGGCUAAAUGAACAUCAAAGAAUUCAUAAAAGAGAGAAAUCUUUUAUAUGCAGUGAAUGUGGAAAAGUCUUCACCAUGAAGAGCCGUCUGAUUGAACAUCAGCGAACUCAUACUGGAGAGAAACCCUACAUAUGCAAUGAAUGUGGAAAAGGCUUCCCAGGCAAGCGUAAUCUCAUUGUACAUCAGCGAAAUCAUACUGGAGAGAAAUCUUAUGUAUGUAGUGAAUGUGGAAAAGGCUUCACUGGAAAGAGCAUGCUUAUCAUACAUCAGCGAACUCAUACAGGAGAGAAGCCCUAUAUCUGUAGUGAAUGUGGGAAAGGCUUCACCACAAAGCACUAUGUCAUCAUACAUCAACGAAAUCAUACAGGAGAGAAACCAUAUAUAUGCAAUGAAUGUGGGAAAGGCUUCACCAUGAAGAGCCGUAUGAUCGAACAUCAACGAACUCAUACAGGAGAGAAACCCUACGUAUGCAACGAAUGUGGAAAAGGCUUUCCCAGGAAGAGUAAUCUCAUUGUACAUCAGAGAAAUCAUACAGUAGAGAAGUCAUAUCUAUGUAGUGAAUGUGGCAAAGGUUUUACUGUGAAAAGCAUGCUCAUCAUACAUCAGCGAACUCAUACUGGAGAGAAGCCCUACAUAUGCAGUGAAUGUGGGAAAGGCUUCCCCUUGAAGAGUCGGCUGAUUGUACAUCAGCGAACUCAUACUGGAGAGAAACCUUACAGGUGCAGUGAAUGUGGGAAAGGUUUCAUUGUGAAUAGUGGACUGAUGUUACAUCAGCGAACUCAUACUGGAGAGAAACCGUACAUAUGCAAUGAAUGUGGAAAAGGUUUUGCCUUUAAGAGCAAUCUUGUUGUACACCAGCGAACUCAUACUGGAGAGAAACCCUUUAUGUGCAGUGAAUGUGGAAAAGGCUUCACUAUGAAACGCUAUCUCAUUGUACAUCAGCAAAUUCAUACAGAAGAGAAAUCUUGUAUAUGUAGUGAAUGUGGAAGAGGCUUUGCCAAGGAAACUGAGCUUGCUUUACAUAAGCAAAUUCAUACUGGAGAAAAACCUUAUGGAUGCAAUGAAUGUGGUAAAGGCUUCACUAUGAAGAGCCGUCUAAUUGUUCAUCAACGAACUCAUACAGGAGAGAAACCCUUUGUAUGCAGUGAAUGUAGAAAAGCCUUCUCCUCAAAGAGAAAUCUCAUUGUACAUCAGCGAACUCAUAAUGGAAACAAACUCUAACAAUGCAAUGGACGUGGUCAUGCCCUUGGGAAGAAAAUCUGUCUUGUACAACAUCAGAGAUUUCACGGUAUAGAUUUUCUACAUGUGUACUGAGUAUGAAAAAUCAUAUUUCAAAAUCCAGUGUUAUUCACUAGGAUGAAUGCUAUCAAUGUCAGAAAGGCUUCAAUAUGAAUUCAGGCUCUGAAUUCUUUGAUGUACCAAUGUAUAGAAAAUAACUCAUCUGAGAGAGAUUCUGUGGACUGGGGGUAACCUUUCAUUUGUCAACCUUCAUUAAAACUAUGACAACGUCCACAUGACAAAUGUGUAAGGUACAUAGUCCUUUUGCAGAGAAUCUGAACUGAUUACAUACAAACAAAUUCAUGCAGAGAGAAAACCAUGUUAGUAAUAUGAACUGAUUAAACAGCAGCGUGCUCCUAGCAUACAUGCAUAUAGGCAGUGUAGAGCAGCCUGUUGCUAGAUUUUCACCCUUGGAAGAUAAUGCAGUUUGCAGGAGUGAAUUUUAAUGACUGCAGAGAAUGCAAUAGUGCCUUCAGUGAUUAAUUACCUCAUAUUGUAUGUCACAAUAAAUAUGUAGGAAAUAAACUUGAUAUAUCCAAUGCAGAAAA